UAUGGAUAUGGAUAUGGAUAUGGACAUUUACGGGAUACGACGGAUGGGACAGAGGGACGAACGACUACCUGAAACGACGGCAAAAGAGGAGCAACAGCAACAGCACCAUCAUCGCCAUUCUUUCGAUUUAUUCCCUUGCCUACACGGAACCAUCCACGACAACAGCACGCGGCGGCGAAACGCGGACGGCUAUCUGUACUUUCAGCUACUACUCUGCUUCCCUUUCCUUCUUUGGGGUAAAGAGUCCCCCGGCUUUUGGUGGGCGAGAACCCCCCCUUUGCUUCUACGCCUGUCGUUUCUCAAUUCCAUUCCAUUGAAAGACCUUUUUCUCUCUCAAGUCACAUCAAAGAUCUCGUGUUACACGGCGUCUGCUGAGCUAAGUGGUACGGUACCAAGGGGCAAAAAAGCAAAAAGUCUAGACCGGUUUCUUGUUUGUUGGUCACGACGGCGAGCGGGCAAAAAAUGGGGGGCGGCAGGGGCGCCAAUGGAGUUUACUUUGGACGUUUACCAGGGGCUGGUGUGUGAUUCAGGGGCAGCGGCCCGCUUGAAACAGCCGUUGUUCCUUCUAUUGGGCUGGGUUACGAGACAGGGAAUCGUGUGGGGGAUAACAGAACCGAUGAGGCAUACGCGGAGAGCAUGGAUCAUCAAGCCCAAUGGGCGGUAGUCAAAGAACCCGAUAGACAGACUACCGAAUGAGAUGAGAUGCAGCAGUCACAACAAGCGA